UCGCAAAAUUAUCUUUGUUGCAGAGUUGCAAAAGGGACUGCAGUUUGCCGAACGCCAUCGGCUUCGCAAUGAAGUGGUCUACUUUGACGACCUGGCUGCAAGCAUAAGAAUAGCAGCAAGCACAAUAGCAAGCACAGAGAUGCCAGAAAGCACAAAAUGGCCAGCUAACAUACAAUCGCAAACAAGCAUGAAAAGAUCAAGUCAGAAGCGCAGGUCAGGGUCCGAUAUACGUCUAGCAAUUCGUCAAAUUCCAAGAGAAUGCGCUUCAGCAGCGCAAAGCUGAAACAUCGUACGGUGGUUGGCAAUCGGCUGUUGGUUAAUAAGACCAAGUCGAACUUGCAUACCCUUAGGGAGGUCUUGUGGCAGAAUAGGAUGUACUCCUGUCUUGUUAUCUCGCCAGUAGACCGAGUCAUCAGCAGCUUCAAUGCGGCCAAAGGAACUGGGAGAGUUAUUCCGUGGCGCAAUCAAGCCACACCAAUCUCUCUACACGACGGGCAAGAUUCUCCAUCAUUUGCGCAAUCAUUUACUAAGAGAAAUCGUAUGUCAACAAAAUACAACUUUAUGAGCCUUGACACCUCCCUGAUAAAGAUUUGGAGUCGAAACACGGUGCUUUACCAACCUUCUCCUUCAAAGUAAGGUAAUAAGGGUCUCCGGGUCAACGUCGGGCGAAUAACAUU